UUUGUGUCUGUAUAUAUAUACAUAACAUGCACGAGAAGUAUAACUCAAAGUAUCUACAAACACAAGAAUAAAAAAUGGAAUCUGCUUUAAACACAGCCACACGAAUCGGAAGCUGGUCAUCGGCUAUAUCUCCACCUCUAGAAGUGUGUAGAUCUUUCAAGUGGAAACUACCAACGGCGACAAGAAGAGUCGUCGCUGUUGCAGAUCGUCAGAACUCAAGCUUUCGAUGGAGGAAAGUAACAACAGGCAGAGCAAAUGUUGCAGCGGAAGCAGCUAGAGUUCCGACAUCAGUACCGGUGAGAGUUGCGCGUGAGCUAGCUCAAGCAGGAUACAAAUAUCUGGACGUGAGGACACCGGACGAGUUCAGCAUCGGACAUCCGCCUAGUGCUAUUAACGUGCCUUACAUGUACAGAGUCGGAUCAGGAAUGGUUAAGAACCCGAGCUUUUUAAGACAGGUCUCGUCCCACUUCAAGAAACACGACGAUAUCAUCAUCGGUUGUGAGAGCGGGGAAAGAUCUCUCAUGGCUUCAACUGAACUUCUCACUGCUGUAAGGUUUCACCGGGGUUACAGACAUUGCUGGAGGAUACGUUGCCUGGACAGAGAAUGAACUACCAGUAGAAGAGUGAAAAGAAAAACAUAAACCUAUCCCUUUGUAAAUUGCAAAUAAAUAAUGUAUAUGUUCUCAACAAAAAAGUGUAUGUAUCUGAAUGGCACUACCGAUUGAUAUAAAGUUUCACUUGGAACAAAAUCUCAUUGCCGCUCAGUGAUUCGUUUCUCAAAAGAACACUGUUAUGAAAACGAAUACAGUAAUAAAAAAACAGAAGUUAUAAA